GUAUGUGCACAACGGCCGGCCGGCGUGCAUGGUUAUUGAAGAAGUGUUGUGUUCUUGGAAUCGAGUACUUUUCGCGCAUCACUCUUCUGUCGUGCUUAUUUUUAUCGAUACACGUACGGAGCAAGAGCUAAAUUCGACAAUCAGACGACGUCCUUGUGUCAAACGGCGCCGGGCCUUGGGGCCCGGUGACUCGUUUUCGCUCGAAUUGACUACAGAAAGCAUGCGAUCAUGGAGUUUGCAGGCUUAUCCCGGGGACGAACCGGCUGCGAUGUCUACACGGGCGUUACCCUCCUAUAGUAGUUUGUCUCGCGUAAUAAUCGCCGCAAGUUAUUGUACGACAAAAGUCAGUACUUCCUCGAAUCAACGAAGGUGACACACAGUACCAGCGUGGGAACAUGUCAUGAGUGUGAAUUUCUGUGGAUUAAAAAAAUAAAUGCGUUAGGUGUUGACAAUUGAGUUUAAUAAAAAUUGAAAAUAGAAAAGUAUGCGUAUAAGCGCGCAAAGGAGAUGCAAUGAUACGAGAAACACAUAAGAAGAAAAUGAAGGAAGAAUAAAAGUUUUAUUGGCGAAGUAAAAUAGAAAAAGUGCGCGCAACGGCAGAUACGCGAAACUGGCGACCCAAACACGUGACACUGGCUCCCAUGGGUCUCGGACCCGCCGCCGAGCCAAUGGUGGGUCGUUCUCCAGUCGAGGCAGCACUUCAGAGAUGCAAUGCGGUCUAUGUACCGUCGUCGCUGGUCUAUUCCGCCGAGCUAUGUGUAUUACAAGCAGUCGACGUGGUUCCGGAGAAUCUUGCUAUCAGGAGUUGGCCACGGAUAUGCAGGAGCGACGGCACUCGCAGAUGGAAGAUGCAGAAAUUGAACUUAUUAAAGCAAGCGAAAUCGUGAAGAGAGUGAAAAACGUUCACACAGAAGAGAAACGAAUUGACGAAAUAACGGUGGACAGCGAGGAACAAAAUGCAGUGUUUUUGUGUACUUAUGAUAGCAGCUUACUUCGUAAUUCUGGUACAACCACAUUACCAGAAGUCCAUGAUGGGUCAUCUGCGGUGGAAACAGCAUUCAGGCGUUUAUCCGAUGCGGAACAAAUUCUGUUGGAGAGUCUGGACAUCGAUCGAUAUAGACUUAGACAUACCGGUCGAUUUUUGACUAUGCACAAGAGACGGCGUAAGAAGCUUACUACUAGGUCCUUAAAUCAAGAACCAGGUAUCUUGGACGACAUUUUCCACGGAUUAGUACAGUGCAUGUUACAAAGAGCUGGAAAUUGGCGUUUUAAUGCUUUCACGCUGGAAACAAUCACAGGUGGUCGCUCGCUGCCAGUAUUAUGUGUCCAUCUGUUCCAUUGCUAUGGACUUUUUCAACAAUUUAGCUUAGAUGUUGUAACAGUAUGGAAAUUAUUUGCUUUUAUCGAGGAGGGUUAUCACAGUACAAAUCCUUACCACAACAGUAUACAUGCGACGGAUGUCACUCAGGCGAUGCAUUGCUUUCUUCAGGAAAAAAAGAUUAAAAUACAUCUAACCAAUUUAGAAAUUAUGGCAUCCUUGAUAGCGGCUGUAACACAUGACUUAGAUCAUCCCGGUGUCAAUCAACCGUUUCUGGUCGCAACGAGUAAUCAUUUAGCUGCACUUUAUCAGAAUACUUCUGUUCUCGAAAAUCAUCACUGGAGAUCAGCUAUAGGAUGUCUUCUAGAAAGUGGUGUGUCGGCACAACUACCGGCUGAAGUGAGACCAGAACUUCAACGGCAUAUCAGUUCAUUAAUCUUAGCGACAGAUAUUACAAGACAACAAGAAUUUCUCACACGUUUCAGGGAUUACUUGAGCAACAAUUCACUUGAAAUGAAACAUGCCGAAGAUCGUCAUUUCAUUCUGCAAAUUGCCCUAAAAUGCGCAGAUAUUUCUAAUCCCUGCAGACCUUGGGACAUAUCUAGGAAAUGGUCUUACAAGGUUUGCGAAGAAUUUUUCAGGCAGGGCGAUUACGAGCGUCGUUUAAAUCUUCCAGUAACGCCAUUGUGUGAUCGAUAUACUACUAGUAUCCCAAAAAUUCAAGCUGGUUUUUUUAAACAUGUUGUUACUCCUCUUUAUGUAGAAUGGCACCGUUUUCUCGGUGAUGGUCUGAGUAUAUCAUUAAUGAAAUAUUUAAAGAUGAAUCAGAAAAAAUGGGAGACAUUGAUUAUCCAAGAGAUAACUGAAGAAAAAGAAACCGAAAUUUCUGAACUAAAUGAACCUGAAGGACCCAUUAGUUCAGGUGAAGAAACAGCCGUCGAUAAAGUUUCAAGUAGCAUUGAUCUACUGAUACCAGCAACUUAUGUGCAAACAGCGAGAAUGCCGACAUUGCCAGGACGAGUUGGACUUGAUCGCGUUGGUAGACGUCAUUCCGUUCCUUUAAGUAUGACGAAAUCAUUGCACUUACCUUUAAACCAAACCAAUAGAAGAGAAAGUUUGCCGAAUGAACGAGUCAAAACGAAAAGUCCAUUUUUGAAGAUAGAAGAUCAAAGUUUGUUGGAACUAAGUACGUUGUCCUUAUUGUCUUCUAAAAGUAAUAUGACUGAGUCACCAAAUAGUAUAGUUGAGAAACCAGUUAGCGCAGAAAAUCUCUUACCAGAGACAAGUAUAGCUAGUAUUACCAGCAAUGCUGAAGCAUCGAGAUUAAAUACAGUUCUGCAAUCGGAUAAGCAGUAUGGCGCUCAAACUAAACAACUUACACGACAACAGACUUUCCCUCCACUGCAACCUCCUUGUACAAGAACGAGGUAUAUGUCUGCAACUGUAGAAAUGUCACAAUGUUAUACUCAGAUUUUAAUGAAAAUUGACAAUUCUUCGAGUUCCUCGACCUAUAUGGAGGAAAAAUCAUGUUCAAAUGGUCGAUUAUGUUCGCAUGAUUCUAAUUCAUGUCAUCAAAAAGACUCCAACAUGUUAAAUGCUCUUUCUCAGGAAUUAUUAAUGAUGGAUGUAUCUCUCAAAAACCAAGGCUCAAUUGUAUUGGAUACAACAAAGCAGAAACAUAUUGGUAACUCAGAACGUCGCCAUUCUGUACAGACUGUUCAUACUAAUGACUCUUUUUCUAAGCAUAAAUAUAAAAGGCCUUCUUCCGCUCAAGAUUCAGAUUCCACACAAAUGUUCUAUGCUACGUUAACGAGCUCUUACAAUGACAAAAACAAACGUGUUCCCGAUAUACAUAUUGCAGAAUGUAAAUCGAAUUUAGAUUGCAAUAACGAAUUUAAAUGUCAUAGUGAGAAAUUAACAGCUCAAGAACUGCAAACUACAUUAUUGUCCAAAAAAAUAGACCAAUAUACUUCAUCGACUAAAAGAACGUAUGAUCCACAAGAGUUGCGAAGAUAUUCAACUUCUGCCACCGAAUGUAGAACAUUAACAAUAGAGCAUGCAGGUAGACGAUACACUACAAUACCCGUGUCUUCUGAGCUUAACACUCACAAAUUCUUUAUUGGUAGUCCUCCCGAUUCGCCUCCUAAUUAUAGUGCAUCUUCGUCAAGUGACAAUAGUAGUGAACCGAAAAGAAGUAUCGAUGAUUCGAAUAAAGAAGAUACUGUUGUCAUUGGCAGCAAAAAAGAACUGAAUUAUAUGAAAGAAAAACAUUCGAAGAUCACAAAGUUUAGUUUCGAUGCGCAAAUGAAGGAAAAUGUUGAUCCCCGUACGAAUGACGACUUCGCCAAAGCAUUAUCUCGUAGAGGCAAUCAGGGAUGGGCAAAAAGACGCGGAUCAGCUCCAGUUGGUCUUCUAUCAAGAUUGGAUGAUUUUACAUCAACGAACACAUCUGCCAAAAUUGAUCAUAGUUGUAGACGUGGAUCAGUACCAACUGAUAUUACUAAACAUCAAGGUGGAAGUUGUAUCCGGUUAACACCAGGAUAUCGAGGAGACAAUUUUUCAACUCUACGAAGAGCUAGUCUUCCGCAAGAAACUACAUUGGAAAAUCUUUUGGAAAAUGUUCUCACUAGUGAGCGUGGAAGCAUUUCAAUACACAACAACAACAAUAAUAAUAAUAAUAAUAAUAAUAAUAAUAAUAAUAACAAUAAUAGUAAUCGCAAUAACAAUAAUGGCAUUAGUAAAUUUAAUAGUACCAUGACCGGAAUGCUUUCUCCGAGACGAGGAUCAAUACCAGCAGACAUAGCUGAAUUACGUCGCGAUUUAUUUAGCCGAAAUAAUGUAAACAAAUCGCGAAACCGUAAAAAAGUUUUAAGAAGACGAAGUAGCGGUGGCCCAGAAAUGUUUACUGGUGGAUCUGUUGACGGGAACGACAAUGGUACGUGGUUCAAAUGGAAGACAGAAAUAGGAAAGCGUGAUCCAGUCCCCGAAGCAUUUGUCAAACGAAGAGGAUCUCUACCUAUAGAGAUGGUGGCUGUUUCACAUGCUGGAUCAACUUCGUCACCACAUAGAUCUAGCCUGUGGCGAUUUUAGUAUGCUGUAGAAAAAUAAGGACCGUCCAUGCAACCAGCAAUUAUCGUCGAAUUACGACACAACAGUCUUUCCUUGAAUCAGCAGUAACAUCAGCGACGAUUGAUUACUCAUCUUAAAAAUUGUCAAUAUUAAAAACAUUUUUGUCGAUUGUAAGUGUGAGUGAAUGAUUAAUGUAAUAUUUUUCAUAGUUUUAAAUAAUGUCAUGAAGACGAUAAAUCAAUUUGUAUUUGAAUUGUACAAAUUUUGUUACUAUCGAUGUGAUUGUGAUAUCGCAUAUGUUAUAAUGUUUUUGUAUGCGUUAGACAAAUCAAAAUUAGUAAAAGAUUAGUUGAAAGAUUUUAUUAAUUAAGUACAGAUUUUUAUUAUAUGUAUAGGUAGAGAUUUUUAUUAUAUGUAUAGGUAUAUUAUGAAAUUUCAAGACGUUAAUUAUAAUCUAAAGGAAGGGAAGAAACAAAGAGAAAAGGAAGAAGAAAGAGAGGAAAAGAUGAUAAAAAUAGAAGGAAUGAGAUAAAAAAAUGUACAACUUUAUAUACAGGACAUAUCUUAAGAAUAGAUUUUUCACUUAUUGUUAGAAAAGUAAUUUAAAUAGUCAAAUGAAUUAUCUUUUGACUUGUUUUCAAAAUAUAAUUAUAUACUAGUUUAUAUGUGCUUAUCUUUAGAGAUGCUCAAAAUGAGUACCGCCUAUUUAUAAGGAUUCCAUAACAUUUUUUAUAAAAGAUGGAUUUCAAAUUAACUGUAACUUUGCUUCCUAGCAAACGGAAAUGGAUUUAGAACAUUUAAAAUAGAUAGAAAUGGAUUUAAAAAAUCAAAAAUUUAGAUUUGCAAUGACCACACGAAUCCAUUUUAAUUCAAUUAAAGUUUAAAGAUUCCUUGAAUCUAUUUUAAUCCAUGAAGUGAAAUUGAAAUUACGGGAUUUCUAUUUUUUCAAUCCAAAAAAGUUACGCCAGCCAUAUAAUUCAUUUAAUGCGUGAAAAAGGAUUAAAAUGAAGAUUUUUAGUUUUUCAAUCUAAACCAGACCAAGACUUUUUAAUAAUACUCAAAAAAUUUUUGCGGAUCAACCAGUCCAUUUUAAUUCAUGACAUAGGAUUGAAAUUACUUAAUUGCUGUCUUUUAAUCCAAAACGUAUUCAAAUGAAUUAAAAUGGAUUACAAAUUUUCAAUCCAUUUCCAUUUACUGGAUUUAUAGUUUAUAAUCAUACUUAUCAAAAUUUAAUUGCAGCCUUCACAAAUAAACCAUUUGAAUUCUAGAGACGCUCAAUACAAAUCUUAUAUACUCAUUACUUCUUCCAUAGAUUAAACGUUUCAUAAACGCCAAAAUGAAAAAGAUAAUGAUUUUUUUCAAGAGAAAAAUGUUUUUAAUACGAUAAUAUCGAGCUUAACUUUGUUCUUUCAAUUCUAAGAAGUUUCUAACAGACCGUUUUUGUAUAUUUGCGUAAGAUAAAUAAAAUUAUAUUUUAUUGUGCCAAAGUAUAAUGUUUUUCAACGCAAAAUUGCGAUCAAGUUAUUUACACACUUACAACAAUCGCAGAUCCAUUAAGAAGAAGAUUAUUUCUAAUAAAUUAACUUUUGCUCCUUGUUCUCGUUUAAUUCGCAACUGCUAUGAGCGUGUAUCAUACACGAUUGACGUACAAAACCGAAAAUUUAUUUGGUAUACAGUUUGAUGAACUUGUUUUUAUACAUAUAUUAUAAACCCUUAUAUAAAAUCCUUACAAAUUUUAUUUCAUAUAUAUUCCUUAUACCUUUUCAAAUAGAUUUCAAAUUUUUUAUACGAAUAUAAAGAAGUAAAAAAUAAGAAGUAAAAUAUAGAAUCGUACAAGAAAUAUAAGAUCCAACUGAUUGAAUAAGGUUCAUUUUUAAUUAGUUGUGUUUUCACAUAUAUUUCUACAUUCUCCUACUAUUAUUUAAAUAACUUAGAAAAUAUUGACACAUUAAUGAUAUUUUGACAUACUAAAGAAUAUUUUGUUUGUAAGGGUUUCUUUAUGGUUGCGUCCUUUUCACCAAAAUGGACUGAAAUUUUUCUUUUCCUUCUCCAAAUUUUUCCACGCUCUACCUUGAAUUUUCCUCAUAUUUUUCUUUACAUAAAAUAAUUUUGUUAUUCUAGAUUUUAUUAUUUUAAGAAAACUCUUAUCCAAAUUCUUUGCUUUGAUACAGAUUUUUAGAAAUUUAAAUUAUUUAUUUUACUUUCUUUAUAUGUGUGUGUGUGUGCGUAUGUGUGUGCGUGUGUGCGCGCGUAUGUGUGUGUGCGCGUGCGCGUGUGUGUAUGCGCGCGCGCGCGUGUGUGUGUAAUUUUAAUAUUAUUGUCUUCAGAUCAAACAAGUUUUAAUUCAGGAAAAAAAACAUUACAGCUUAAAUUAGACAUAAGUGUUUAAUUGAAUUUAUUAUAAAUGUAUGUUUAAUAAUAAGAAAAAAUUAAAACAAACAUUUCAUAAAAAUAAAAAUUGAUCACUUUUUUAUGAUUACAAAAAUGAAACAUAAAAGUAAUUAUAUUCUUAGUAUAACAUAAUCUGUACAUAACUACAAUAAAUUGUUUAAGAAACAACA